GUAAUUGAAGAUUUAAUUAGAACUAUUUAGAAUGAAAUCCUGGAUGGGUAACUUACUAUUUGACCUGGGUCUGGAUUAAAGCACAGUUAUGGAGGUGCCAUAGACAUUAUAAAGUAUAGUAACUCCAAUGCCAUAAACCUAAACCUCCCAGGGUCCAGGUAAUAGAGAACGUGGCGUGUUCAUUUUAUUUAAAAUGUAAAUAGUUAAAAUACAAAAAAAAAAAGGUUUAAGCCUCAGUUUAUCAUGCUGUAAAAAAAGAUCUAAUCGUCUGUGUGCUAUGUGAGAAAUUAAUUCUGUGGUUUUGUAGCGCUGAAACAGUUAUUCGGAAGGUGUGAUUCAUGCAGGGGUGGGCUUCUUAUCACAGGAAUUGUGGUGUUAGUUAAAGUAGUCAUAAAGUAGCAAAAUGUUAGCAAGUAUGCAUUCUCCACUCUAACAAAAAAUAUUAAAACCUCUAAUUGUAUUUCUGUAAUUAGGGGUAAGGAGGUAAGUGGUAUUUCCGUCAGUGGAGUAGUUUUAAACUAAAUUAAGCAUUCUGGGCCUAUAAAGCAAGAGGCUUUAGGACCUGAUGUUUAAUUAUAGAAAAAGUUGGAAAAACUGCCCUGGACAUGUUACACACUAUUGGACAUGCAAUUAUGUAUGUACUGUCACUGUGCACCAUCUGCAAAUGUUUACUGUGUUUAUUUGUUCUAGUCUAUGAAAUCACCAUUCUAGCAUGCUAAAUUUCAAACCCUGUUCAGAGUUCUGGUAAAUGGAGCAACGCCUCCUGUGUAGUAGUGUCAUUGUUUCCUGUUCAGUCAUUUUAGCAGAGCGAAGAAUGCUUUUUUUAUGCUGGUUGUGCAUACAAGUGUAAAUGUCGAACCCUGUGGUGACCCAACAGCCGGCCGCAGGCUCUUAUGGCACAAAUGUUCAGACUGGUGAAUGGAGCACCGGACUUUGCUCCUGUUUUAAAGAUUGCCUUGUCUGUAUUUGUGGUCUGUGCUGCCCGAUGGCACUGGGAUGCUACACUGCUAACAUUUAUGGGGAAAACUGCUGUUUGGGCUGUGUGCCAGGGGGCAUGACUGCUUUAAGAACUCACAUGAGGAUGACCUAUGGCAUUCAGGGGACGGUCUGUAAUGACGCACUCAUGACGUUCUUCUGUGGUUUCUGUGAGACUUGCAGAAUGGCCCGAGAAGUCCGUAUUCGCAACGGAGACGUUUCAUAACCCCUACAAAAAAAAUCAAAACAUGUAAUGCCUAGGUCUGAUAUUUUACUUUACAUGUGUGUUCCUUUUUUCUUCUUCUUUCAAAUUAAAAACCAAACAAAUAAAAAACACUUUCUCCACUGG